CUGAAGGAUCAUAUGUUCGAACGCGCAUCUGGCACGUAGACUUGUUUACAAUUCACGUUAUAAGAAUGGUUUUCUUGAUAACUCCAAGAUAAGAACAAUAGCAAGCCUAAGCAAGCACUCAUGGCUGUGGAGGUCCAGUGUGAUGAACAGACUCCUCUGGAUCUUUUGAGUCACUGCGCCAUUGAGGAAAUGACAAGCAACCUCAAUGUGAACAGUGCUGCUGGUGCCAAUGAAGAAAAGUCAUCUAAAAAUAAGUCUCACUGCUCUAUGAUCCGACACAGUCGGGAUGCAACUGAACCGGUGCUAUGCACAUCCAAUUCUGCUCCAGAUACUAUUUUCUACCUUGACAACAAAGGAAAUCUAAUAGAGGGUGUUGUGUCUGAUUCAUGUCAGAUGUCUGAAAUAAUGACUGUGAAGUAUGAUGGAGAUUCUACCAGCACUAUUUUGGGCAUUGGGCCCAAGUUUCAUGAAAAUAAUGUUAGACUUUCCAUGGAAUCUGUUCACUUGGAGGCAGAUACCUGCCAAGAACCUUGUGGGUCUCCUUUUUAUCCAAAAAAUGAAACAGAUGCUAUGGAUUAUCAACAAAUGGUCCUUGUUCCAUCAUCUAAGGCAGAAGGCAACACUGACUUGAUAACCAUAUGUGAUGGGAUGCAAACUGUUCUCAUGGAGACAGAAAGUGUGACAUGUCCUGAUGAAAAUCAUGAUACAGAAAAUUGCAAUGACACCUUUUGUCAUGUGAAGAGCAAUACAGACCCCCUGUCUGGAGGUUCUAAGCGCACUAGGAAGCCCACACACAAGGGGGAAGACUACAAGAAGAGCUUCAUGAACAGCGUCAGAAACUGCAAAGCUGCCGGAAUGUCUAAUAAAGUAACUGUGGUUCAAGCGUGUGCAGCUAACAGUGCCCUUGCUGCUUCUGAAGACCCUUUGCCGAAGAAGGAAGGCAGCAGUGAUUUUGCAACACACCUUGUAAAAGAAGAGAUUCAAUCAAAAUCUUUGGACUCGGGAUUCCCCUGCGGCAGAAGAAAAAGAAAGAAAAAAGAUUCAUUUGAUGCUUCUUCACAGUCAGAGAAGAUUUCCAGAAGAAGAGUUGACAAAUCUUCAUUCAAAAAAUCCACUUCAUUGAAAAAUGGACACCGGCGGCCCACAUUCCGUUGCCGCAAAUGCCCUUUGAGCUUCUCAUGGGUCAGUGAACUCAAGUCUCACUUCCUGACACACAGCAAUAACGGUUCCACUGGCAACACUGGCAGCUCUAGCAAUACCUGCAACUCUGGAAAUAGAAAGAAAUCGUUCAUGUGCAUGGAGUGUGACGAGACGUUCAGGACUGCCAAGCUGCUGACCUGUCACGAGCAGCGGGAGCACCAGGGACUUCCCCGGCCUGUAGGAGGCUCAUGGCAGUGCAAGCUGUGCUCGAGUACCUUCGCCCACGCAGCGUCGUUCAAAGUGCACAUGCGCGCGCACAGGGGAGAGAAACCAUACCAGUGUGGUGAGUGCGGUGCUGUUUUCGUCCAAAGCGGCCACCUGAUGAUACAUAAGCGCAUCCACACGGGCGAGAAACCCUACACCUGCGAUAUAUGCCUGGUGCAGUUCAAGCAGAUCUCCCAUCUGAAAACUCAUGUUAGGACACACACCCUCGACCGUCCCUACAAAUGCAGCAAAUGUGACUCGGCCUUCGCGCAGAACAGCAGCUUGAAGCGCCAUAUGCGCUCACACACUGGCGAGAAGCCAUACAAGUGUGAGGUGUGUGGCAUGACAUUCGUGGUGAAGAGCAACUUACAGCGUCACACGUACACCCACACGGGAGAGAAACCAUAUCCCUGUGACUUGUGCAACGCAUCCUUCGGGCAAGUGAUUGAUCUGAAAAGACACAAGAUCAGCCACACGGGCAUCAAGCCCUACAAAUGCGACUUGUGCGAGGCGCAGUUCAGCCGCAAGAACAACCUCAAAUGGCAUCGUCUGACGCACGCUGAAGGCGCUACGUUCAAGUGCGACGUUUGUGACGUGCCCUUUGCAACUCCAGGAGACUUGCGUUUCCACAAACGCAGUCAUGAUCCUCCAAAGCCAUACCAGUGCACUCGCUGCCCAGCGUCGUUCCAACAGUUCUGCUCACUAACUAAUCAUCAGCUCAUCCAUACAGGGGAAAUGCCCCGGUUUAAGAAGCAGUCAAGUAAGAGCAAUAACAGUACUAAAGUUAACAAUAGCAGCAGUAGCUGCAGUAGUAAUAGUAGUGGAAGCAACACAUCAAAGAAACCAUUUUCGUGCAAUAACUGCGAUGCAACUUUUUGUGAGAAACGUAACUGGAAGCGUCAUGUGAUCUCAAUGCAUACCGACCUCCACACCAAAGAUAAGCGACUAGGACGAAAGAUGCACUCCUCAACUCUCACCAAUGGUGACAUUCCCAAGCUCGAAAGUUCUGUUGACAAUAAAUCCCAGGAAGUUAACGUCAAAAUCGAACAUGGCUUCUCUCCCGGAGACUCCUCGCCCUACGAGAGUGCAGAGGAUCACGUUACUAACGGUCAGCUGUUGUGCGAGAUUUUUAACUCAACUGGUCCGUCAGUUUCUGAAGGUCUCCCUAUGUUACCAGGUGUCAUUACCUUGCAACAACAAGAACAGCAGUCGCAACAGUCCUACCAACAAAUGUUGUUUCAGACACCGGAUUCAGUGUCGGUAACCACCAACAAUGCUCAGUCGUCCGUGGUCUCCUCGGAGAGUGUAGUCGUGAGCAGCGGUGUACCAGAGUCACCACAGUACAGUGUGAGUGGAAGUGGCGCUCUGCUCAACCAGUUAAUUCUCACCACCGGCCCCAACGAAAGCUCUAAAGUUGCUAGACCUGCUGGCAAUUGCACUAACCAUUUAGCUCAUAUCCUGACGCUUGUAGAUGCUGUAAACAAUCAUUGGCAGGCGUGGUGCUUAUGUGAUUCUUCACAGCUCUUGCCUCCCACUGCUGGUGUUGAUUCUGGCUCCUGUGCUGUCCUGCCGGUCGCCUCCCUUGAAUCAGUUUCCUCUCCUAUCAUUUCUCCGAACUCUUGUAGAAAUACGCAAACUAGUUGCUGCCAGUCGGUCAUGGCACCUAUCAACAACGCCGUUAUGUCAUCCUCGCACGUACCUAAUGUAUCUCCUGGAUCCAUCAAUGCUAACAACUCAAUUGUCGUGGAAGGCACAAAUUCAUUCAUGGCUUCACCGGGUAGCAUAUUAGGGACGUCUAAUUUAAUGGCACAGAACGCCAUUAUGUUUAUUCCGUCAGUGGGGGGUCAGAACGUCGCUGUGAUGCCUCAAGGGGAACAUCUUAACGUCACACCUGCAGUUGCUGUCCCUAAUAUCUUGUGUUCGCCAAGCAACCACAACCUACAGCAGCCUGAUUCUUCGGACUCCAUGAACACCGCAGCUGUGCUACAGCCUGUAUGAAGCAAGUCUAAUGCAUCCAUCAAUUGACUGCUUUCACUGACGUCUAAUGCCAAUGUUUCUACUUAAUUGAACUCUUGAUCGUUUCGAUUAUUUGAUUGGAAACAGAAAGUUAUUCACAAUUCACUUGAUAAAGCUUAAGCUAUUUUUGCAGGGAAUUCCACAAUCCUAUGCCGACUGCUGUAUCGUUAUCUUCUUCAUCGCCUUCUUCAAGUCUCGAUAGUAUCCAUAUUAUUAUUAUGUCCAGUUUUGUACUGUUUCCGCUUUAAAAUUUUCUACUUACGGAGAAGGAAGAACACAUCUCUCUCAUGCACAAGAGGGCUCUAAACCAUUCAGCACAAAUGCUGUCAAGGAAAGAGUGUUGUCCAUUGUGUGCUGGUUGUCAAGUUGUGGUCAUGUUCUUGUCAGGCUGUAAGUUCUUCGCUCGCGUCUGCUCAGUUUGGUGGAUGCGUGAGAUUCUAAUACACACAAAAUAUAGACUUAGGUUGAAUACACUGAGAAAGCUCUUAGCAACAACAUUCGGACAGAAGAUAAAUUUAUUAUUAGUAUACAAACAUUCCAGUCUGGAAAAUCUUAUGCGGGACGUCUAAUUGGUAUGAAUGUGUAGUCAGUUAUGGUUAAUUCAUGAAAGAUGGACACAGUGAGAUGAACCCUAUCUGUACCUGUUUGCUGAUGCUCCAUGCACUUUGUUAGAUAGUAUGCUCUGAAAUAAGAAUUGUUUAUUAAUAGGGGAGUUCUUGCGAGCGUGUUAUGAACGGUAUGUGUGGGUGUGUAUAUACUCAGCAUUUUAAUAAACUGCUGGGCUGGUGAGAGUGAGCGAUAGUUUCGUAAGUUUUUUGUGGAUUGCUAGCUAAAUUGCCCCGGCAUUUGAGGGGCAAGAAGUUAUGACAGUCUAAGCGAUGUACGAGUAUGUUCAGUAACAGAGAAGCCAAAAAUUGCUCCCACGUAUGUCAUGGUAUUAGAUUGGAAUAAGAAUUUUAUAUUGCGCCAUAAUAUGAUUUUAAAGCUUUGUGUAUUUGUUGAGCGUUAUGACUUAGCAUUGUGGUGAAGGAAUUAUAACGUCGUGUUUUGAGUUGAAAAAUUCGUACGAUUUUGAAGGCUUGGCAGAUAUCAAGUAUAUAUAGGAGUGUCUGUCGCUCGGAAUUGAUGCUAUCCUGUAUAUGAAGCAUAAGUUAGUGAGAAGUGAAUAGUGAUAGACUUUCUAGUCAUGAUGUCUGUGAGAAAAACAGGAUAUGGGCUGUUGUUCGAAGAGUUGGAGAGGUUCAGUGCCGUUAAUGGUUUGCCGAGGCAAGUGUUUGGUCUUUGUAGUGGAUGCUGCUUCAAUGGCUGUAAUUUCGGUAUUAGACUUUCAAGAUUUUUACCUAUUUUCCUCAAUGAUGGCAUUAUUCACUGUGAAUGUGAACGUCAGUUAUAUUUACGAUUGUGUAUUUGCCUCGCGUGGCUAUGCUUUUCGAGAUAUGCACUGAAAAUGUUUUUGUUGGGAGGUAUUAUACACGAUUGUGUAUUUAAUACGCGUGGCUAUGCUUUUCGAGAUAUGCUCUGAAAAUGUUUUUGUUGGGAGGAUUUUUGGGUGAUUUAUGAGAAUGUCGUUUGGUAUCGUGGCUAGUGUGUGGGCGUGUGUUAUUUAUUUAAUGGGAAUUUGUGUUUUUUGCGCUUGUGUCUCUUCUCCGUGCUUUGGCAGGUGCUUUAUUACCAGUCAUUUGAUAUGCUGGAGUGUUGUUGAUUUAGAAGGAUGACAUCUGAGGAGGUAACUGAUGCCUAUGAACACUAUAAAUUAGGUCAAUAGUGUAGUUGGUUUGUGUUGACUAUUUGAGUAGGUAUAUCAGUACGGCUAUGAUGGUGUUUCCACAAACUUUUUCCAAUGGGGGUUUCGUUUGUUUUCUAAUAAGAUUUUAAUUAUACAUCGAGUUCAUGGUGUGAUCAAUGCGUGUUGAUGUGAGUGGCGAGCGAUAGAAUAGUUUUUAGUAAUGACAUAAUUUGGCUGAUUUUUUUUAUUUCGGGUUCCACCAAAAAAUGGAUUUAUCAAAUGUGUUCUGUCUAUUUUUUCGGUUAAUUGAACGAUAUUUUUUGCUGUAGUUGGCAGAGGGAAAGCCAUUUGGUGAGAGGCAUUUUAAUAUUUUACUAAUUAAACGAAAUUAAUGCAAAUUUUAAAAAUGUUUAAACUUGAAGCACUAAAAUCUUUAUUUCGCCUUUUAUUGAAAAAUAUAUUUUUUUAAGUCUUUAAUAUAUUAUAUAUAGCCUGCUCUUUAUAGCCUGCUUUUGAUCCACCAACGCCAUUGAAAAAUAUCGUUUGUCUUUAAUGAGAAAAGGAACAUGAAAAUCCUUUAUAAAUUCCGUUCUCUGGUCUGCAAUCGAACUUUCAUUAAAGUAUUGUAUAAAGAUUUCGACUUCUCUCGUUCUGUGGCGAAUAUCUUUUAUGGUAGAAGCGUAAAGGAGUGACUCGUGUAUACUCGAUUUAUUACUUUGAAUGUAUUGCUUCGUUUAAUGUAUAUAUAUUCGGGUAAUAUUCCAUGCUAGACCUUAAGCACUUUUCCCUCAUUGUUGUAAAACCAUACAUGCGUUUCUAUAUGCUCUAAUUCGUGUAAAAAUGUAAAUAAUUUUUCUCUGUUUGGCA